AUGUAAAAAGAAACAAUUUAACUCAUUAAAAGGGGCGAACGACUAGAUAGGAAGCAAUUUAUUUUACUUCGAAAAAAUUAUUCGAAUAAUUAUCUUGAUAAUAUUAUUUAUCCUGUUGACUUAUUUGAUAGCAACAGCGGCUUGAUAGUUAUCAAGUAUAAUACUUUAACAGAAAUAGAGCUAAUAGAAUGUCGCAUUGAUAUUCAUCUUCUUAAAGAUAUAAUAUAGCAUAGUCUCUAAAAUCUAAUUAAUAUUUCUCUUAUUUAUUGUACAUUUUACUCGAUAGAAAAACCUUUUAUGGGUGAAACUUUUGAAUAAGAGAGGCAUUUAGCUGAUUUUCUAAAUUUGAUAAAUUUUGUUUCUUUAAUUAGAAGCUUUCAAUUCUAGCAAAUUAAGAACAUUGUGUUCAAGCCUUUAAAAUAUAGCUCUGUAUUCUAGUAUUAGAUUAAAAAGCCCAUCGAUUAUGAUGAGAAGAAUAGGAGUAAUUUUACUAUAUACAAUAAUAAAAAGGGAGAAUAACUUCUUCCAAUCAGCAUAAAAAAAUACGAUGGUAAGUUAGAAUAGCCCAUAAACAGCAUUAAAAGACAAAUUGAAGUUACUCCUGAAUUAAAGAAGUAAAUAGCUUAAAAAGUUAAAGCUUUAGAUACUUCUUAAUAUGUUUAGAAUGAAAUUGAGCUGAAGCAAUUUGAAAUUUCUAAUAUGAAUUCUUAGGGGCAGUUUGAUGUUGAGGAUCUUAUUAUAAAUUUGCAUAAAAAUAAUGUAUAAAAUAGUAAAGACAUCGAUCCAUAAGGUGUUUAGAGCUAGUGUGAUCAAAUGAUUUCAGACAUUUAAAGAAACAUUAUUGUCUACACCUAGUAAAUUAAAUUUUGUAUGCAAAAUAUAUAAAAAACACAAGUUCUUAUCAUUAAAGAUAACAUUCUUUCUUUCUAAGACUCCUUUGAACAAAUUAGAAUUUUAAUAGAAAAAGAAAAAAAAAAUAUCAAAAGAAUUAUCUUUUCACAAAACCACUCACUUUCAAAGUAGCUUUUUUCAUAGUUUGUAGUUGAGCUCCAUAAAAUUGAAGACCUCUAAGAAAUUUCUUUUAUUCAAACUGUUCUUUAAGAAAACGCAUUUAAUCUGCUCCUAAAUCUAGUGAAAAUUAAAAAGAUAAAAUACAUAAUUAUUUAUAAAAGCUACUUUUUAUAAAAUGAAAUAGAAAUUUUAUUAAACUCUCAAUCUUAACCUAUUAAUCAUAACUCAUAUUUUUUGCUUGAUAUCAAAAACAAAUAAUCUCAUUAAUUUUUAACUAAAGUAUUGCCUAACUAUGAUAUGCUAUUAUCAUAUGAAAAUGAACCCUUCAAAUUGAGUCAAAACGAAAUUGUUUAUUUAAAUUUUUAAAAAUUAAGUGAAGAAAAAAAAAACUUAGUUCAAUUUUAUAUAAAAAAUAAUCUUUUAGAUAUUAACAGUGACAUCAGCGAAGAGUUUAUCAACAAAUACAAAGAUUUAAUUUAUGAUUAAGUAACCAACUAAAUACAAGAUAACAUAGAACAAAUAAUUUAAAAUGAAGAUAUAGAAAUUUUAAUUAAAUAAGAUGAUAUUAACAUUCUCAAUUUUCCUAUUUUAAUUUCUAUCUUAUCCUCAUUUAAAGAAACUUAUGAAAUUGAAACACUAAAAAAACAUUAUUUAAAGCCUAUAUCAUAGCUAAAAUCGAUUAAAUCUAAUAAAAAUUUAAUCAAAUUUUUUGACAUUAAAUACUUCUUAAAUAAUUCAAAGCAAGAUGGCUAACAAGAUAUCUAGGAUAGCUAGUUUAAAAUGAACUAUGAAAUGUUUUUUGACUUUUACAAGUGCUAUAAAUACAAUAAGCAGUUGCUAAAAGGAGAAAUAGUUUAAGAAAAAAUAAAAAAUAUUCACCCAUGGGUUUUACUUGAUCCUGAUUUUAAAUGUAUAAGCUAAAACGUAAUAUAAUUUUAAGGCAACAGAGCUUUGUGUUUUCUGAAUAUUUUAAAUGAAAUCAAUAUAAAAGUUAUUGAUUAGUUAAAAAUAGGAAUUGAUUUAUCUGAUCUUUUUAUGAACAAUAUAUAAUUCGAUUUAACUUAAUUUAAUAAAAUAGUUGAUAAUUUAGUAGAAUUGCAUUUGGAAAAAUUUAAUUUUUUAUUUGACAUGAGCUUUUUAAAUAAUGUGUUUGAGAAAUCUAAAUUUUUAGAGCUUUUAAAUCUAUCUGACAUGAGUUUAACAAACGAUAGAAUAAAGGACAUUUCAUUCAGCAAAAUUCCUAAAACACUAAAAAUUUUUAAUAUAUCUGAAAAUUCUGCAAUUUAAAAUCUUUCUUUUUUAAACAGUUUAUUUGCUUAGUGCUCUAAAUUAGAAGCUUUAGGUUUAAGAAAUACUGAUUUAUUUUUUUAAUAAAAAUUUUCUACAAUAUAGUUUUAAUUGAUACCAGAAAGCUUAGAGAAAAUAGAUCUUUCUUUUAACUAAAUUUAAAACCAGAAGUAGACCUAGCUUGAUUUCAUCAACUAAAUAAUUAGGAGAUGCUUUAAGUUAACUCAUGUUUUUUUAAUAAGCUGUGGUUUAACUAAUUUUAAUAUUGCUCCAAUUAACUUUGAACUGCUCAAACAAAAUACAAACUUUGCUAAAUUUGAUAUAAAAGGUAAUAAAAGCUUUAAGGGCUUGAAUUUUUUGAAUGGAAUGCUAGAUAAUUGUCCUAAUUUUACAAGCUUACAAUUAGUUGACAUGAAUUUAACUAUAUCAAAAAUCAAGUCUAUUAAUUUUAUGAAUUGCAGAAACUUAACUUAAUUAAAUUUAUCUUAAAAUUAAAAUAUUGACAAUUUCAGCUUUUUAAAUGAGAUAUUUUAUUUUGCUCCAAAAUUAACUUCCUUAAUUUUGCAAGACGUAGGUUUUAGUCAAGAUAAACUAACAAAUUUAAAUAUUGAACAACUUGGCAAAUAGCUUACUGAAUUGGACAUCUCUUAAAAUAAAAGUUUUGAUGCUUUUGAGUUUUUAAACGCAUUUUUCCCUCUUGCUAUUCAAUUAGUAGAAUUGAAUCUAAGUGAUAUUAAUUUAAAUGACUAGCAAAUGCAAUUUAUAGCUUUUGAAGCAAUAGAAUCGUAGAAUAUAACUUCUAUUACUUUGACAAAAAACCCAAUCAGAAAAAACUUUGUUAGAGUUUUUUAACUUCUUAAAAAAAGAGAUUACAAAAUUUUUAUUAAUUUUGAGUAUGAAAAAAUUGAUAAUUAAAUGUUUCGUAAGUUUUUAAAGAUAAGCAAUACAACAUUUGAAAAAACUCUGGCUUAUUAAAAUUUAUUGAAUGACUAAUAGCAUGUUGAGGCUGAAGCUUUUUUGGAAAGAGAAUAAAGAAAAUAUUUGUAAACAUAAUAGGAAUUAGUUUAAAAACAAAGUAGUUAAAAUUUCUAUCGCUCUAAUGGACUUCAAAAUGAAAAAGAAAAAAGGGUUUAAAAGUUAGAGCCAUCAUUUUCUCAAAAAAAAUUUUUAGAAGAGUUUAUAAUAAAUUAAAUGUAACUAACACAGAAAUUAGAGGAAGAGUAUAUGAAGGGAUCAAUAAGCUUUUACGAUUUUGAAUUAGAUUAAGCCACUAACGGGAAGUGGAGUACCAUUAAUUUUAGAAAUUUAAAAUGCUUAAGUGGGAUAGAUAUUUACAGCUGUAGAAAAGACUGUCUUAAAUUUUUAAUUAAAUUAGACAUGACUGGCUUUUCAUGCAAUCAAGGAUCAUUUUAAUUCAUGAAUUAUUUAUUUCUUUAUGCUACUCAGCUGAAAGUUUUAAAUUUAAGUAGAUGUGAACUAAGUGAUGAUGACAUAUAAUCUAUUAAUUUUAAAUCAAAUUCUCUUGAAGAGUUAGAUUUAUCCUUUAAUGAUUAGAUUUAAGAUUUCUCUUUUUUGAAUAAACUUCUAUAGAGUUGUCAGAAAUUAAAAGUUUUAAAACUUUAAGAUAUGGAUUUGAAUGAUGAAAAAAUUAGCUCUGUUGAUUUUAAAUACUUAAGAUUUACAAAGUUAAAGAUUUUGGAUUUCUCGUAUAACUAUAGCAUUUAAGAUUUCGAUUUUUUAAAUAGAAUUUUAGAUCAUGCUCCUCAUCUGGAAGAGCUUUUAUUUUAAGACAUAGACAUAGUAGAUCAGUAAAUUAAUCAAAUAUUAUUUUAUAAAUUGAAAUAUACCAACUUGAAAAAGUUUGUUUUAAGUUAAAAUGAUUAAUUGACUAAUUAUUUCUUUCUCAACCUGAUAAUAAAUUAUUCUCCUUAACUUGACCACAUAUUAAUAUCUUAUUAAGAUAUUUAUAAAGACCUCAAUUACUAUUUGUAAAAACAAGAAUGUGCUCUAUAAAAUACUCAUGCUGUUUCUUAGUCUCCAGAUUAAAAAUUUUAAGAAACCUCAACUUCUUAAAUUACACCAUUUUAAAACUCACCUUAAAUGUAAAGUUCAAUGACUUAGUUUAAUUAAUACAGUAAUAAAAAGGUUGAUCAUUUACUAUUAUCAAAAUACAUGUCUCAAGAUUAAAAACAAAAUUAAUUAAAAGAAUAUAGUGAGAGUAAUUUAGAUUUGUAAAAAAAAACAAGCUUUAAUAGUUUAAUUGUGUCAAGAUUUUAACAAGACCAAAGUUUAUCUGCAUAUCUAAAUAAACAUUAAGAAAGUAAUUAUAUUGAAUAAUUCAAUGAAUCGAAUUACUUUCAAUAAACUAAUAAUAAUUUCUUUUAAUAAAAUUAAGCUUAUUCUAGUAACAAUGUAAAUAUUAAUCAAAAUAAUAUAUAGUAAUUAUAAAAUUAGUACUAUUAAAACAAUUAAUAAUCUUUUAAUAAUUCUCAAAUCAUUUAAGAGAAAUAAUUUGAGGAAAGCAUUAAUAGGAUGAACUAAGAUAUUUAUGAUUUAUUAUCUUCAGACUAACUAGGGUUUUCAAGGAGAAGAGUAUCACAAGGAUUCAUUAAAAAUAAUGCCGAAGAAACGAAAUAGUUAAAGGAGGCUGAAUUAGAAUAAAAUAAUAUUAUCGAAAGAGAGUAAAGUCCUUAAGAAGAUAAAGCAUAAGAAAUUAAUUCAUAGAAUUAAAUAAAUAAUGAAAGAAAACUUUCUUAUUAAUCCAAAUCUUCUUUAAAAUAAAAUUUAAAUAAAAGUUAGAUUGAAGAUAGCUUUAGACAAAGUUAAAAUGUAAAAUGGGCAGAUUAAAGCUAAUAAGAAAUUCAAAAAGAAGAUAUUAAAAAUAAUUAAAUAGAAAGCAAUAAAAUUAAUUGUUCUGACUAAAUUAUUCAAAGUGAAGCUACUUCUAAAAGCAAUAAUACAACUUAAAUUUAAUAGUAAAAUAAAUAAAAGUUAGAUUUAAAUAAAAAUUAUAUGCACUAACCUCUAAUUACUACUAAUUAAGAAUCAAAUAAAGGAUCAAAUUAAUAAAAAUCUGGCAGUCUAUAACAAAAAAUACUUGAAAAUUAUCUAAAAGAUAAGUAAAGUCCUGAAUAAAGAAAUAAUACUGAAGAAUUCUGCAAUUCUUAAAACACUAUAGCAAAUAACAUUUCACCAGAUAAAUAAAAUAAUCAUGAAAAAAAUUAAUACAACAGUCCUUAAGCAAUUAAGCAGUCGAGUCCUAAAUAAAAUUAAUUAUAAACUCCUUCAAAAAAUAAAAGUUAAAGCCCAAAAUCAGAUGCAAAAAAUAGCCCAAAAUUAAAUUUGAAAAAUAGCCCAAAAAUAGAAAAAAAUAGUCCUUAAAGUAAUAAAAAAAGUAGUCCUUAAAGUGAUAGAAAGAUUAGCUCUUAAAAUGAUUAAAAACAUAGCCCCUCAAAUAAUAAUAAUAAUAAGAUUAAUUCUUAAACAAAUAAACAAAACAGCCCUAAAUUAGACAAAAAUAAAAAAACAUAAGAAGAAAAAAAGUAGCACAUUUUAGUUGAUAAAAAAAAUAAACAAAUGAAAUAAGAAAAAUAGGAAAAUUACAAAGAUUAAUCAAAUUUAAUAGAUAAUAAAAAUGAAGUUAUUUAAAAUCAAUCUAUUGUUUAAGAGAAUGACAAUUAAGAUGGUAGUUAUUAAAUAGUAAAUAUGAAUGAUAUGUAAGUUAUUGUUUCAAGUUAGGAAAUGUAGAAAUCUGAAUUUUUAGAUUGUAAAUAAGGUGAAAAUAAUUAAUUUUAAACUGAUUCUAAAUUAAUUUCUUAGGAAUUUGACGAUUUAAAAUGUUAUUAAAACACCUUUAAUUUAUAGUAAUUUUUAUCUAAUCAAAGUCCACCUUAAGAUGCAAAUAAAAACACUCAUAGAUUAAACCAAGAUGAUUAUUCUAUGCCACAUAAAUCUAGAAUAAGUUUAGAUAUAUUUAAUAAUCCAAACAAUCCUAAAAAUACUUCAAAUCCUGUAAAUCAAAAAGUUUAAUUAAGAGAUAAAAAAAGAAAAGUAUUUUUAGAAAGGGGAGAAAUAGCUCCUUAAGUUUAAUCUAGUUAACCAAAAAGUAUAAAAUAAAAUGAUGUUAAGCUUUAAAAAACAAAUUUAUAAUAAUUAUAACAGGCAAGCUAAUAAGAUUCUACUUCUGACUAAUUACCACAAGAAAAUUCUGUUUAUAUCUAAUAGAAAAAAAAGGAAAAAAAGCACUCAAAAAAAAUUUAACAAAGAUAAAAAGUUAUAAAAACACCAUAUGCAUUUCUAAAAGAUGUUUUCCAGAAAUCUUAACAACUCUAUAAUAAAAUAGAAAAAGAAGUUGAAGAUAAAGGAACAACUUGUUUACAGAGUAAAAAAUAAAAUAAAAUUAAAUUGAUUGACUUUAAUUAAGAAGUCAAUAAUAGAAACAAACAUUAAAAGAGUGUUAAUAGCAAAAAAUAAGAUAUUUUUUAUUCGGAUUAUUAUAAUUAAGGAGAUUUUAAUUAGAGUUCAUUGGAUUACUAUAAUAAUAAUUCAGGAAAUUACAAUUAUGGUUAAGUUGGUUAUAAUCAAUAACAAAUUGAAUAAUAAACUCCACAAAAAAAUAUAAAAAAGCCUAUUCAAUCCAAUAAAAAAAGUGAAGUAAAAAAUUAAAAUUAAGCUGAACUAAAUUUUGCAGAGGAAUUUGAAUAAAUGAUUAUUGAUAAUCAAAAAUGGUAAAAAAUUUAAUAACAAAAAUAGAAAGAGGAGUAAUAAAACAAAAUAUUUUAGAAUAAUUUAAGGUAUUAAGAAUAAUAAAUUGUUAAUUCUCCUUACAGAAAUUAUUUUCUUUAAGAAAACAAUAUCUAAAGGCCUUAUUAAAGCUCUAGUCAGUUCAAUUAAAGAGAUUAUACUUAAAUUAAUUUUAUAAAACCUAGAAGCCAGUAACAGAAUCGUACCAACUAAAAUCGCUUAGUUUAAGAAGCUCAGCCUCAUUUUUUAGCUGAGUUAAGCUAAAAAAAAAGUUAAUUAAACAACAAAUCUUUAUAUGAUAAUUUAGUGCAAGAAAACUUAAUUCAAAUUUAAAAUUAGAUCGAAACUCUACAAGGAACAUAAAAUUAAUAGUUUUAUAAAUCUAAACCUUCUGCAACAAAUAAUUCAGUAUAAAUAGAAUAAAAUAAGAUAAUUUAAAAUGAUAUUCAAGCAAGCAACUAAUCUAUAGAGUAAAAUAAAAAGUAGAUCUAACUCAAUUUACUUGAUUCAAAAAGCUCUUCCUACCACAUUUAGUAAAAAUAAUUUGCAGAGAGUUCUUAAAGUAUAGGAAAAGAUAGCUUAUUAAAUCAUACAAAUUUGAAUAAAUUAGAUUAUCAAUAAAAUAAUCUAAAUAUAAAUAAAAAUAGCAUUUUAGUCAAUUUAGAAAAUUAUAGCCUUAAAAAUAAAACUAUUUAAUAAGAUGAUAAUAUUCAACAAAAUGAUUCACCUACUUAAGAACAUUAAAAGUACUUAAAAAUUGGAGAUUUAUUAGAUAUAACAUAGUAAAACCCACUAGAGAAAUAAAAUAAACCAAAAAAUGAUGAUAAACAAAGUAAAUAACAUAUUAUUUAAUAAAAAAUUCAAAACGAUUUUUAAACUCCCUUAAAUGGUGAUAUUUCAGCCUCAUAAAAAGAAAUUUUAAAUUAAAAGAAUAAAUAAGUUUAAAAUUAAAAUCAAUAAAGAUAUAAUGAUUCAGUUUAUAAUAAUUCUGAUGUUAUUUUCUUAGAAUAUUAAGCAGAUAUUAAUAGUAAUACAAUAAGUUAGUAAUUAUUAUAAAUUAAUGAAGAUGAUAAUCAUUAAAAUUAGUUUGUAAAAAUUUAAAUUAAAGACAAAGAAUAAAAUUAGAGUUUAUAACAAUAAAAUUCAUCAUCUGAAAAUAAUUAAUAAGGUUUAGUUCAUAAUUUAUAAAAUAUUUAAAAUUCUUAAUAAAAAGGUGUUUAAGAAUAAGAUCUACAAGAUAAAUAGUAAGACAAUGGUUUUCUUGUCUAAAAAGAGGAUAAUAGUAAUACAGAUGUCUUAAUUAGCGAAAUAAAAGAUAAGUAAUAAGAAAAUAGUUUAUUGAUCUAAAAAGAAGAUGGUGAUAAAAAUAAUAAUUAAUAAAUUUUAACUAAUAAUCAUUCUAAUUAAAAAAAUGAAUCUAUAAAUGAGAUAAAUAAUUUUGAAAUCAAACAAUAAUAUAAUUCUUUAGAAAACAAAAAUAAAAAUUUGUCAGAACAACCAAAUUAAAAGUAGAUUAUACACUCUGUAUUAAGUAAACCAUCUGAAAUAGCAAAUCCUUAUUUGACUUAAGAAAUUGAAUUUGGAUAAAAAGAUUUACAAUAAAAAUGUAAGGACAAUUAGCAAACACUUUAGGAAUUUACUUAGGUAGAGUUUACAUAAGCUAAUGAAAAUAGCGUUUUGUACUAAAAAAAUUUGGAUAUGUCAUAAAUUGAUAAUGAUUAAUCAAAUAUUUUAAUAAUCUAAGCAGAUGAGUAAGAUUAAAUAAACGAUGUUACUGAGGUCAAGUUUGAUUAGGAUAAUCUAAUUAACACUUCAGAAAUUUAUUAAAUGAAAAAUUAAUAUCAGGAAUUGGAAGAAAAAAUUAUUGAAAUAUAACAAUAAGAUUAGAAGGAAGAUGAAAUGAGUGAUUCGCAAUAAAAUUUUGAUAAUUUUUAAAAGCAACUUUAAAAGUUCUAAGAAGAUGAAGAUGAAUAUUUAUAAUAUUUAUAGUAAGAGUAAGAACUUAAUUUUAAAAGUAUAAAAAACAGCUAAACAGAAGUGAUUGAACUGUGCAGUUUAAAAGGAGACUUAGUUUAAGAAAUUAUUGAGUAGAUAAUGUAUAAUGCUAGUAAUUCUCUUAAGGUACUUAAACUUGAAGAUCUAGAUUUAAGCAAUUUCAGAGACAUUGAUCCUUCGAAAUCUAAAUUGGAUCUUUUAGAGCUGAGCUUAAAAAAAACAAUUAUUCCUAACUUAGAUUUUUUAAAUAUAAUUGCAGGCUAGUGCAACAAAGAUUUAAUUCGACUGAAUAUUUAAGAUUUGGAAAUAGCUCAAAAAAAAGUAACAUCAAACUUAUAACUAAAAAUAUUCUAAUAGCUUUAAGAGCUAAGCGUAUCUGGUAAAUCAACUCCAUAAAUUUUCUAGAAUUAUAGCUAUUUCAAUUUAAUAUUAAAUAAAUGUUAAUGUCUCAAAAAAUUAACAAUUGUGAAUUCCCAUUUAGAUUUUUAAAACAUUAAAAUAAUUCAUUACAAAAGCCUCUAGGAAUUAGAUUUUUCUUAUAACUCGAAGAUUUAAGUGAAUUUUUUAAAUGAUUUAAUAAAAAAUUCAAAAAAUUUAAUACAUCUUAAAUUAAAUGGCAUACAAUUGACAAAUGAAAAAGCUAAUCAGCUUAAUUUUUCAAAUAUUUCUGGAUAGCUUUAAACUAUAUCUUUUGCAGACAAUCCUUUAGAUUUUUCUGAUAGUCAACAGUUGAGUUUUUUAAAAGAAUUAGUUAAAUACACAAAAAACUCAUUACAAUACUUUGUAAUUGACCAUGUAUUUACUCAGCCUUAUCAUAUUCUAUAAAGAUUGUGCGUAGAAGAAGAUACAAUUGAGAUAUCUGAAUAAGAAAAAAUUUAAUAAGACCUAAAUAUUUAAAAAGAAACAGGGAAGUAAAAAAAGAUUAAGUACAGAACAUUGGUAGAAUUUAUAAGCAGAAACUAACUGAGUUCACCUUAACUUUACUUAAAACUAAAUGAAACUUUUGAGGAUAACGUUAUAGAUAUUAUUUUUAAAGAUCGUAGCACCUGCGAAAACAUUAUUUUAAAUGAUUUAAUAUGUGGAAGCAUAAUUCAAACAUAAGAUUUUUACUUGCAAAACCGUAAUCUUAAAUAGAAUCUACUUAUUUUUUCACCUUUAGAAAUUAGGUUCUAGAUGAUAAAUUUUAAAAGAAGACUAACUUUAAACAUGUUAUCAAAAUUUACAUCUGAAGGCUAAAAUAAUGCUUACAGCACAAUAUUUCUAGGUAACAAUCCUCAAAAUUAUGAAGUCCGUUAAGAUAGUUUAUAAAUGAUUUCUAAUUGCCAUGAUUAUAUUUUAGGUUUUUCACCUUAAAAAAAUGAAAUUUUUGAAACAUUUUACAAAUAAUUUGUAAAUAAAUAAGAUUGUACAUAUUAUUCUCUAUAUUAAGCUUUUAGUUCAAAUUUGUACAGCUAAUUAAAAAGAGUUUAUUUGCCUUUAAAUUUAAGUUUAAAUUUGAAUAAGAAGCAAAUGUCAGAAGUAUAAGUUAUUUAGAUGCUGAAUUUUAUGCCUCCAUAGUAAUUGAUAAUAAAAGAAAGAGUCAGUAAUUAGUUAUUAAAAUGUUGGUAUUGUAUAAAUUACUUGUCUCCAUUAACAAUCAAAUCAAAAAUGAAGUUUUAACAAGAUGAAGAGCAAGUGACUUUAAUAAAAAAAUAACAAUUUUGGUACGAAAAAUCAAUAGCUAACUACUUUAUUGAGUACUAUUAUAAUAGAAAUACAAGUAAAGCUUAAGGACCUUUAGAAGUUGUUAAAAAAUAUUUGCUUUAUUUUUUAUAUUUAUUUUUUAAUGCUCUUUCAAGUGCUCAAAAGCCAUUUUUAUUUGAUUUUACUGUUAUAGAGUUUAACAAUAAGCUUGAAUACAAUUCUUAAAAUGAAGCUAUGCUAUUUAUACUCUAUAUAAUUUAUCUCUUAAUAAUAGUUGCUUGUAUUACUUUAUUCAAUAUGAUUGGAUUGUAAUAUCAAUCGAACAUCUCUUAGAUCAGCAUUAAUUCAAUAAAUCACAUUAUUUUUAUAAUUUACUAAAUAGUUAUUUUUUUUAUAGACUUAACUAUUGUCAACUCCUUUAAGCAUUCACUCAAAACAAUUUCAUAAAGAUCUAUGAGUUUUCACAAAUUUAAAUACUUAUCAGUUGAAAUGAGUUUUUACAUAAUUUAGAUGAGAUCUCUGUUAUAUGCUUAGAUUAUAGCUUUCUCAUUUUAUUUUAACUUCUGUUUUAUAACAAUAGUCAUAAUAGCAAAUAAUAAAACUUAUAUAAUACUUGCUGCCUUAUUCUUUUGCUUAUCAAUGCUAAUAGAUCUAUUUUCUGUUUUUCACUUGAUGACUAAAUUGUGGUUUUCUAAUAAAAAAUAUUAGCUAUGUACUGAAAAAAUUGAUAAGUUGAUAAUAUUAACAUAGAUUACUAAUCUUAUAGCUAGCAAUAACUUUAUCAGAGAAUAUUCUCCUUCAAAUUACAUUUAAAUAUGUAAAAAAUUAAUAGAUAAAACAGUACUCUCUGAGUAGUUAUAGCUUGUAUUUUACUCUCUUCCUUAAACAAUUUUGUAAUUAAUCUUUUAUAAGGGAUAAGAAGGUUAAAAAAAUAAUGUAAUUGAGGCCUCUAUAGCUUUCAAUUUUAUUUAACUUAUUCUAAGCCUAAUUCAUGUGCUUAGCUAUAAUCCAACUCAAGUAAAUCAGGAAAUGUUUGAUGAGUUAAAUUAAAAAAAGAAAAAUGAGCUUCUUAACAUAUAUGAAGCUAAGCUAUUUGAUAUGCAGAAAUACUUAAUUAAAAAGCAAUACCAUGAUAACCUGAAAUAUAUACGUUUUUCUUAGUAAAAGAAAAGAGAAGAACUACUAAAGCUAGGAUCAAAUAGGAUCAUUUAUAAGUAAUACUUUGAAUAAGAUUAAGAAAAAUACUAAGAUUUAAUGAAUGAAAUAUAGUACAAUCUAGAUAUUACUUAAUAUUUUGAGUAAUGA